AUGGAAGAUAUCGAUGACUUUUCAUCUUUUAGUUCUUCGUCAAGUGGUGGUUCAAUCGAUCUAGACGAGGCUAUUGAGCAAACAACCGUUUUGACGAUAAACACGAUGUUAGAAGCCGCAAUAGAAGAAGAAGAAGAAGAGGAGGGGGCGCACCAAUACCACGUGUUCCCGGUUGUAGGCGUAGGGCGAUAUUUGGAAGAGAAUUAUAUGUACUUCCAACAAAGAUACGAUGCUUGUGGGAAGUUAGGUUUCACCGGGAUACAAAAGUGUAUUGCGGCGCUUCGUCAACUAGCCUACGGCAGUACUGUCGACUCGUUUGACGAAAAUUUCGAGAUGUCUGAAAGGGUUUUACGAGAGUCACUGGCCAACUUUUGUGAAGGUGUUAGGAGUAUAUAUGGGUCGACCUUUCUACGUAGACCUACUUCUAGCGAUGUACAACGGCUUUAUGAUGCGCAUGAGCAGCUACAUGGUUUCCCGGGCAUGAUAGGUAGUAUUGAUUGCAUGCAUUGGGCGUGGGAGAUGUGUCCUACCGCAUGGCGUGGUACGCAUACACGAGGGGAUAUUGGGCAGCCGUCCAUGAUACUUCAGGUUGUCGCAUCGACUGAUUUGUGGAUUUGGAACGCUUAUUUUGGGCAGCAAGUUUCAAACAAGGACAUCAACGUAUUUGAGUCGUCGCACAUACUUGAAUGA